ACUUUAACGUAUUUGCUAUAAUGUAGGCAGGCUUCGGGCAAGACAGCUAGGUUGGAGACUGACUAAUGGUGAGCAGUACCCAGGCAACGUCAACUCAUAUCAUCUGAAGAUUGCUCGUCAUAUACUCAUUGAAAAUAUAUGAAUUAUGGUUUAAACGUGUUAGCUAGCUUUUUCCAGCUGUACGUCAAGUGGAGACCAGUUCAAACUAGACCGCUGUAGACACAAACCGAAGAUGAGUUUCAAGGCAAAGCGAUGUGGAGUGCAGUUCAGUCCUCCCUCUAUAGUUUUAAUUUAUGAACACAAGGAAACUAAACGUGAGCGUAAAAGAAUAAUACCUGUGCGGAACUUCUCAAAAUAUUCUGACUACGGCAUGGCUGCAGAGAGGCUGAAGAACCACCCUCGGCACAGGGACUACCUGGAGGAUGUGUCCCAGAGCCAGUUGGAGAAGCUUCACAUCAUCUUGCGCGAUCACCUGCAAGGCUUCAGCUUAGAGUACAGUCUGGCUUCGUUCUGCCUGGACCCCGACGAAGACCUCAACAAACUGGACGACGAUGAGCUGGCUCGCAAGAAGGGCCAAAUGGACGAACUGUUCGAAAAGAACCGGAAGCGGAAAGACGAUCCGGACUUUGUUUAUGAUCUGGAAAUGGAUUUCACCAAGACCGCCCAAGAAAACUGCAGCUGGGACGACGAGUCUGAUGAUGGAUUUUGAAAUUCUGUUCUUCCAAUACAUUCUCCUACAUUUCAGACUGAUAAUUACCCAACACACUGAGGUUCUGUUAGAUAACAGGGAAAUCUGACAGAUGUUUUGUCCGCCCCAUUUCCAUCAAUAAGGAGACUAAAUUCUAGAAAUAUUGACACUU